AUGGAUGCAAAUGUUUUAUUAGAGGUGUUUGCAGGUACGCUUAAUCCUGAUCCGCAAAUCUCUAAGGCAUCAGAAGCUCGGUUAACGGAUUUAAAGCAAACUCCUGGGUUUGUAGGAGCAUGUCUUGAUGUUAUAGGGAAUCUGGCCAAUUGUCUACCUCAACAAAGAGGAGUGGUGACAGCCAUGGCGAUUUACUUCAAGAAUAUUAUCAUUCGGUAUUGGAGCAGCAAGGAAGAUGAACCUAACAACAGCAUUAUUGAUCAUGAUGAGAAGCCAAUUAUUAGAGAGCGGAUUUUACGAAUUAUGGUGGAUGCAGAUUUUAUUAUUAAAAGACAAUUGAUUCCUCUGUUACGGAAGAUUAUUGGCGAGACUUCAGGUUUACGAGAUUGGCCACAGUUGUUAAACGAAACUGGGUAUUUAUUGCAACAGGUGCCCAAUGAAGAGACUCUUGCUGGGCUAUUAGCAGAUCCCAAUAAUACGAAUAAUCAUCAUCGGAUAUGGUCACCAUUAUAUGUGGGCCUUGUUAGUUUCAGUGAAUUCUGUCGGCUAUAUAGAUGGAAGAAUAACACCGAGAGAGCUAAUGAAUUGGAUCCUAUAAUCAUUCAAGUGUUUCCUCAUUUAUUAAAUGUUGGUAACCUCAUUGUUGAGAACCCAGUUUUGAUCACAGAGUUGACUAGUGAAAUGGUCAAAUUGAUCUUGAAAUGCUACAAAUUCGUCACGUACUUUGAUCUUCCAGUUGUCUUACAAUCAAGAGACGCCUUAUUUACUUGGGGAGAAUUCCAUGGGAAAAUCAUCAAUAUUCAAACCCCACCAUAUAUUCUUAAUGAUGGAUCCUCGUCAGAACAAAAUAAGAACUUGUUGGAGUUUUCUAAAUGCUUGAAAUGGUCAGUUCUUAAUAUGCACAAAUUAUUUGAAAAGCAUGCCAGUAAGGUUAAAAAACAUGGUGAAUUCCUGAAAAUUUUUAUGAAGGAAUUUAUACCUCAUUUGAUUCCUAAUUACUUAUCGGUAAUUGAAGCUUGGUGUCAAGGCACUAAAUGGCUUCCUAACCUGGCCCUUUUCUCCUUGCUUCAAACUUUCAGUGUUUGUGUGCUUAACAAACUGACAUGGCUCAUGCUACAACCUCACUACGAAACCCUUCUUCAUCAUUUGAUCUUCCCUCUCGUAUGUCCAACCGAUGAAGUCUUGGAGACUUUUGAAGUGGACCCACAGGAGUAUAUCCGGUUGAACUAUGAUAUUUUUGAAGAUUUUGCAGCUCCUGAUGAAGCAGCUUUAGGGCUUUUGGCUACUUGCAUUCGUAAACGGAAGGGAUGUCUUACAACCGCCAUUCAAUUUGUUUACGAAAUAUUAACUGAGCUUCAAAAGCAGCCCGAGACUUUGGAAUCAGUAAAGAAAAAGGAAGGGUGUCUUCGUAUAGUUGGAACCAUUGCACCUGAAGUGACGUUACCAAAUUCAGCAUAUUUGGAUCAGAUGGAACCAUUUUUGGCCAAUUUAAUCUAUCCAAACUUAAACUCGUCUUAUCAAUUCUUAAGAGCAAGAACUUUACAAGUAGCUAAUAGGUUUGACGAAUUAGACUACAAAGACGAAAAGUGUUUAUCAUUAUUGUUUUCUGGAAUACUUGCUCCCUUUAAGGAGAAACCCACUGUGACAGCCAACAAAGGACAAGCAGAAGCACAAGCAGAAGAGGAAGCGCCCAGCUUACCUGUGUUGUUGGAAGCAGCAUUAUGCGUGAAGGCAUAUAUUCACCAAGAUCAAUUCCGAGAGCUUCUAGGAGGUAUGAUUCUAGCAGUGAUGUCAAAGUUAUUGGAAUUGAGCAAUGAAAUUGAUAACGAUGAGGUCUCGAUAGUUAUGCAAGAAUGCGUCAAGCAAUAUAGUACCCAAUUGCAACCGUUUGGUAUUGAUUUGAUGACCAAGUCCGUGGAGAACUUUAUGCGACUUGUCCGUGAAAUUUACGCGGCUUCAUUGGCCAGCUACGAUGACGAUUAUGACGACCAAAACAUCAAGAUCGUCAGUGCCAUGGAGGUGUUGAACAUGAUAAUCACCGUUUUGAAAUCGUUUGAACAUCUGUCCGAAGUAUUGGCUAAAUUAGAAGAGGUGUUCAUGCCGGCCAUUGAGUUUGUUUUGGUUUAUGAUAUUGAUGAUUUAGUAGCUGAAGUUCUGGACUUGAUUGAGAACAAUAUCUUCAUUGCCAAAGCCGUUAGUCCCAACAUGUGGACUGCCUUCCAAUGGAUUGUGAAGAACUUUAGAGAUGGGGUUGCAUUUUUGUAUCUUGAUGAAUGGACUCCCACUAUCGAAGCAUAUAUUGCAUUUGGCCAGGACCAAUUUGCUUUAGGUUCUCCUGAAUUGAGUCAGGGGCUACAAUUCAUAAUAACUAGCAUUUUAACUGGUGAUGAUCUGGAUGUUGGCUACGUUGACAUCAUUUAUGGUUACGAAAUUGCACUGUACUAUUUAUUGGCCGUCCGUGAAUCAUCUCGUCGUCGUGCCGAAGUUGAUGUAGCAAGUGUCUUGAGAGUAACCAUGGCCAGCUAUAAACAAUUGGCAGAGGAUAAAUAUCAUCCUUUGAAACUGUGGUUCUUUGUUCAUUUGCACAAUGUAAUUCUCGCUGGUCUUGUUGCAGAUUUUGAAUCUACUGUUGGGGUGUUGGAGGAAGCAAAUUACCUUCAGCUAUUUUUUGACCAAUGGUUGAGUCAAUGUUUGAAAUUGAAACGGGUAUUUGACUUAAAACUCUCCAUCAUGGGAAUGAUCACCUUAUUGACUCGAGCAGAGAUUCUUCUUCCCAUGUUACCCAAGAAUUAUCUGCUGUGUCUUCCUCUGAUGUUUGCGCAGUUGGUAGGGAAGGUUCCGCAUGCCUUGAGCGAGUUUGAGCGCAAGCAAAAGAUGCUCAAUGACGUUUCCAACACUUAUCAGACAGAUGACGAGCUCUUAUUCAACAAUUAUAAGUACACUGAUUUCGACGAAGAAGAAGAUGUUGACUUUGAAGACGAAGAUACGGAUCCAAAGAGUCAAAAUAAUAGCACUAUUAACAAUGAUGGAGCCACAGAGUAUAUUGAUUUCCUCAAAAUUGAACAAGAAAAGCUAAAGCAAUACGAAACAGAUAAUAAUGAUAAUGAAGAGGAUGAUGAUGAUGAUUUGGACCAGGAAACAUUCUCUGUGACUCCGAUUGAUAAUUUGGACAUAUUGCAGAUUACAAGAGCGUACUUAGAGACCUUUCAAACGGGAAAUGCCGAGGGUUAUAACCAAUUUCUUCAAAGCAUGACGGAAGAAGAAAGCCAGCUGUUGAUCGUGACAUUGACAACCAAUCAAUAA